AUGGACAGCAGCUUUGCAAACGAGUCAGGAGACCACGACGCAAGUAUUGAUCUCAGCAGCAAUGAAAAUCUUCAGCAGCCUAUUUUGCCAGACAAUUCGAGCCAUGAGCAGCAUACUAGGUUCCCCGACGAUGAUUCUAUUAGCGCGUCUUCACAACCAUUAACAUCCACUGCUACCCUUGAAGCGACAGAAAAUAGCGCUUCCAAUGGAUUGAAAAAGAAAGUCCCUUACAAGAGUUUUAAAAAAAAAUACCGCAAAAUGGAAAUCCAAUUUGCCAAAGUUAUGAAACGGUCUGAAGAUCUUUAUCGCCAGAAUCUUCAAGCACGCAAAACAUUUGAUCGUCUUUUACGUGAGAAAUCUCGUUUACUGGAUAUCCUUUUAGAAAUUUAUGAAAAUUCUGACCAACCAGAUUUGGGCUACUCCGAUGGUGUACCAAGAGAAGAUCUUGAAGCUGAAGGAAUUGACCUUUCACUAUGGAACGACAAUGUUAAACAUCUUGCAAUGCUUUACGACAACUCUUAUGAGUUUUCAGAAGAUGAAAAUGCAGCACCGGUCCCCCGAAAUCCCAUGUGUCUUCUCGAAUGGCUUCGCAGAAACCAACCCAAUGUGUUUGCUCCGGAAAAUGAGUUGCUCCCCACUGCAGAAGGCUCGUCUUUAAACCCUACAAGCUCUUCUGCGAUAGCGGCUGCUACUGCUAUAACAAAUGGAGCGAAUGGCGCAGCAGCCCUCGGUGCGGGCGCCGGGGCAUCAGAAUACGGUGAAACUAAUCCAGCAAUCGAUGGCAUAGGGAUAAACGCCCCUUCGGCCAUGACUAGUUCGCAUUAUUCUGCAACAGCAGCUUCAUCUAGUGUGGGCUCUACAUUAGAUUCUGCAGCAGCAAGCGGUAGUGCUGCUGGAGCAAAUUCGACUGGAAAACAACGGCGCAAGCGGAAAAACAUAUCAGUCAUUCACAACUAUCAUACCUCUCAGCAUGGUGGUGCUCUUCCAGAAGGUGGAGCAGUCCCUGCAUCUGGCACUUCUACUGAUGGACCAAAGAAAAUAAAGCGUCCACGGAAAAAUGCUAAAAACAGUGUGGCCACAAAAACAGAAAUCACCACAUCAAUACCUGUGGCGCCUCCUUCUGUAUCGACUACAAAUUCUUCCUCUCAAUUUCUGACACCCGCUUCUCCUGGAACUUCUCAUGAAUAA